AUGGAUUAUCCCAAAAUGGAUUAUUUUCUGGAUGUGGAGUCUGCACCCAGACUCUUGGAUGUUGAGUCGGCUCAGAGAUUCUUCUACAGCCAAGGAGCUCAAGCUCGCCGGGCGACCCUGCUCCUGCCUCCCACCUUAAUGGCGGCAUCUUCGGAGGACGAUAUAGACCGGCGGCCCAUCAGAAGAGUCCGCUCCAAGAGCGACACGCCGUACCUCGCUGAGGCCAGGAUCUCCUUUAACCUGGGGGCAGCUGAGGAAGUGGAGAGGCUGGCGGCCAUGCGUUCUGACUCCCUCGUCCCAGGCACCCACACCCCACCCAUCCGGAGGAGAAGUAAGUUUGCCAACCUAGGAAGGAUCUUCAAGCCUUGGAAAUGGAGGAAGAAGAAAAGUGAAAAGUUCAAACACACAUCUGCAGCCCUGGAAAGGAAAAUAUCCAUGAGGCAAAGCAGAGAGGAGCUGAUAAAACGAGGGGUCUUGAAGGAAAUCUAUGAUAAAGACGGGGAGCUCUCCAUAUCGAAUGAAGAUGACUCCCUGGAAAACGGGCAGUCCCUGAGCUCCAGCCAGCUGUCUCUGCCCGCCCUGUCCGAAAUGGAGCCAGUCCCGAUGCCCAGGGAUCCCUGCUCAUACGAGGUGCUCCAACCUGCCGACAUCAUGGAUGGGACAGUGUCCGAAGAGAGUCCCUCUGCCAGUGAGUCUGCAGCCCUCCUGUCCCAAGAUCCUUCAGCCAAACCAGUCCUGUUCCUGCCCCCUAAAAAACCUGCUGCUUCCCCCGGAGACCACGAGGACACCCCCGUGAAGCAGCUCUCUCUCCUCAAGCAGCCCCCCGCCCUGCCUCCCAAACCCACUGCCAGGAUUGGCAACCACUUACCAGAUCCUGGCGCCCCCGUGAAAUUGCCUUGCCUGCCAGUGAAGCUGUCGCCUCCGCUACCUCCAAAGAAAGUCAUGAUCUGUAUGCCUGUGGGGGGGCCAGAGCUCUCCCUGGCAUCCUACGCCGCCCAGAAGAGUGGCCCGCAGGGGGUAGCCCAGCACCACCACACCGUCCUGCCCUCCCAGAUCCAGCAUCAGCUACAGUAUGGCAGCCUGGGCCAGCACCUCCCCUCCACCACCGGCUCCCUCCCCCUGCACCCCUCGGGCUGCAGGAUGAUCGAGGAGCUGAACAAAACACUGGCCAUGACCAUGCAGAGGCUGGAAAGCUCUGGUUUGCACUCGGGCGACACUGUCACAAAAGCAGGACCUCUGGGCCUUCCGGAAAUCAGACAAGUGCCAACGGUUGUGAUUGAAUGUGAUGACAAUAAAGAAAAUGUGCCUCAUGAAUCAGACUACGAAGACUCUUCUUGCCUGUACACGAGAGAAGAGGAGGAGGAGGAAGAGGAGGAGGAUGACGACAGUUCAUUGUAUACCAGCUCCCUGGCCAUGAAGGUGUGCAGGAAGGACUCCUUAGCCAUCAAGCUCAGCAACAGGCCCUCCAAGCGAGAGCUGGAAGAAAAGAACAUCCUUCCCCGGCAGACAGAUGAGGAGCGACUGGAGCUUCGACAGCAGAUCGGCAGCAAGCUCACCAGGCGACUGAGCCAGAGGCCAACUGCAGAGGAGCUGGAGCAGAGGAACAUUUUGAAACCUCGGAAUGAACAAGAGGAACAAGAGGAGAAGAGAGAGAUCAAGAGGAGGUUAACUCGAAAGCUCAGCCAGAGGCCCACAGUGGAGGAGCUUCGGGAACGGAAGAUCCUUAUCCGCUUCAGUGACUACGUGGAGGUGGCCGACGCUCAGGACUAUGACCGCAGGGCCGACAAGCCAUGGACCCGCCUCACCGCUGCUGACAAAGCUGCCAUUCGGAAGGAGCUCAAUGAAUUUAAAAGCACUGAAAUGGAAGUUCACGAAUUGAGUAGACAUUUAACAAGGUUUCACCGACCUUAA